AAAGUGUCUGUGGGAAACUGUAAAAGAUUUGAGUUCCCACGAUUUCACGAAAAAUCGCUUCGCUCCUUUUGCCGCCUUGCUACACCCGCGCUACACCACCGUCCACCACCACCAACUUGUGCGCUGUUUCGUCCCACUGGCGUGUGUUAUUGAAUUACGUGCAGGUCCUUGCCGAAGAGCGGCAAAGCAAAUGUGUCCUUUCCCUUUUUCGCCCCCUGUGUGUGUGUGUUUUUUUUUCGUUCGUUCGUUCGUUCAUCUAUAGCACGGGAAAAGGGAUUUUGGUUUUCCGUUUUGUUGUUUCUCUUCUGGUUUCGUUCUCAGAUUCCACGCCAGUGUUGUUCGCGUUCACAAAGUUCCCAUGGAAAUGCAGGAACACCUGCCUGUAACGGCGUGUCCUGAUUCGUCCGUUCGCUUUUUUCCCUAUGCUGCACCGGUUUUUUGGUGUGUGUUGGUGUGUGCGUCCCUCGUUCACUUGUGCCUGCGCACAUGCGGGGGUACAGGAUGCGUGCGUAUGUGUGUGUGCGCAGGGUUCGGGUUUACUAUAUAAGACCCGGGACGAACUGAAAUUCUACAUCAAACGCAUUCGAUCAGCUCAACAGCGAACAGCUCAAAAACAAGUUCCAUAUCAACACACAAACAGAGUGUUUUUUAAACACACGAAACGACGAGCAAAAAUCGAGCAAAACAAACAAGUUUUAGCGAUAAGCGCAAAAAAACCGAGUGAUAAGUGAUCCAGCGGGAAGUUUACCUUUGUGAUAAGAAAACAAAACACAACCGAACAACAUGUAUUCGUACGCCGUGAAUAAUGCCGCCUGCAGCAGCAACAACAGCAUCAACGAGAAUCGGUACAACAGCGAAAAGUUGGCCAAAUCAUCAGCCGUUUACCGGCUGAAGAAGAUCCUGAAGCCACUGGUGACACUGCUCAAGAGCAAAAGCAAAGCCCAGUCAGUGAAGUCGAGCAGCAAGUGUGCCCACAUCGAUCAGCGCCGCUCCAUCAUCAGCUACAUCGAUGACUACGACUGUGACUACGACAACUCUGCCAACGAGCGUCUGGAGGCGGAACUGGUCGCGGAACUGGAACAGUGCCAUGCCACCGAUGCGGCCAUCCUUGUGCUGGAGGAUCAGCAACUCCGUCUGCAACCUGUCCUGCCGGAGGAACUGUACGUCCCAGUACACUUUGCCCGCACCGAAGCCGGUACCUUCUUCUGGACGACAAUGCCGGCCCGUGAGGUUGAUGAGGAUCUGAUUCAACCGGUUCACUGCUACAGCGAAGAGCAACAGUACGCCCAGCAAGCAUACGCCGACCGUUGGGCACAAGCCUGAAGUGCCGAAUCGCCAGCAGGACCAUCUUCUCCACCACAUCUCCAGUGAUAACCAGACGUGUUUGGGGAGGAAGGAACAACAAAACUCACGAUCUCUUCCGCCGUGCUUCAGGAGAGCACCGUUUCCCGACCAUCUUGCUUGCAUCGAGACCAGCAAGAGUGCGUACAUGUGUGGAAACUCAUCCCUUCUCGAAAAAAUGGUACAGCUUUAAUAGGUUUAGUUGAGGGUCAGUAGCUUUCUUCGUGUUUUACUUGUGAUAGUAGGGUAUAAAACUGUCUUCCAAACAUUUUGUGAUUGAUCGACGUGUCUUCCAAUUUUGUUCUUGUAAGCAAAAUCUGAUAGAUAUUAAAACAUAUAAAUACACAAAAAACCAACUACAAAAAAAACUUCAACUGUCUUAUCAUUUAUUUUUUGGGAGGAUUUGAAUGGGUUUCGGUAUUGGGGGUUUUUCUUCUUUUCCACAGAUAAACAGGUUGUUGUGAUGCAAGUGGUGCGCAUUUACAACGGGAAGUCUGCAGUGGAAGGCGAAGCAACAGGUUGUUUACAAACAAAUGAGCAUUUUGUUGUUGUGUUGGUCGGUUCGUUUCCUUCGCGCUCAUUGGUGUCUUUUGUUUGUUGUUUGUGGGGAGGAUAAAAGAGUAAAAAGACUUGAAUGAGCGUUCAAGCGAUGAUGAGGUAGCUAAUUGCAUGAGUAAUUGAAGGUGAUUAUGUUUUUCUUACAACUAAUUAGAAAACAAUAUUCCAACUAGCCUUCAAACACACUUUGGACUGGAGAUUCUUAUAAGAAAAGGAAUCAGUCUCUUUUCUAGGAAUUUAUUUCUGGGUGUUCCGUUGCUUCUUGGGAUUCCAGUUUUUGGGAUUAAAUAUUACUCAUUCUUACCGUUUCCUGCUGUUGGUAAUAAAGCGGACUUGUUUUAACCGCUCCAGGAAUUUUCCUGUAAAAAAACGGUCGGUGGCGGCAUUUUUUGCGCUUGCAUUCGUGUGAAAUCCUACUCUUAUUCGGGGCGGGCCAUUAUUUAACCGUCGGACAGAACUGUGUAGGUGAAGAGGAAGAUACCUUCCUGGAAUUCAGAGAAAAAGGUCCUGAAAAAACAAAAAAAAAACCGAAAGGACCGCUUCGGACGUCCUUUAGGACGGAGCUGCAAUAUCCCGCUCGUCCAUUACCGCAGCUCAUGCGUGCAUAAUGCACUUGACAGGGUUUUCUUUCGGAACUCGGCCUGUUACUUGGUCGUAAUCGAUUUUCUCGGAACCUUCGGGACAUCUUCCGCUGUUUGAACCGAGAAGAAAUGUUUGACAAUGCGCUUGUUUUUUUGUGAUAAUUUGCCGGUACGGAACGAAUGUCUAAAACUAAUGUUGUUUGAAGAGGAACAGCGGUUUAAUACUUAUUAUCAGUUUUGAUGCUAAAAAGCGAUAAAUGGGAACUUUAUUUAGAUUUGGUUAGCUCAAGUUGAAAUGACGCUUAACGAUUAGAGUCUCAAGGACCUGUUGAAACAACUAGAGUAGUAACAAAACGGAAUCACUCCAAAUGGAAAACAAAUGUAAAUGAAUAAUAUCUUAAGAAUAUUUAACCGAACGACUUCAAUUUAAAGUGACAAAUCAUGUCACCACGAAUACAAAUAUGCGUUAAUAACAAGGCAAGACAAGAGGCCUCGAGAGUCGGUGAAGAAGGACGACGAUGUGCAGCAGAGUUCGUUGUAAUGUUUACCACUUAUUAGGAUGGCUCCAUUAUCGGAUCGUCCUUUUACCGUCGCGUUCGUGUUAUCCUUUCAUGCAGAGGCGCGUUACAAAUGAGUUUUGGUUGCUUCAUUAUAUAAGAAAAAUUAAUUUUAACAACUGGUAGCAUUGCUUAAGUUCGUAAUUUCAAUAUGUAAAUCUUUGAGAUGAUUUUUGUAAAUAGUUUUAGAUCUGAGAUUCCCUCAAGGAAUGUCAUUGAGGUGAGGAUGAAAUAAAAAAAAUAUUUUCCUCAGUUACCAAUAAUUUCUGAAACUCCGUAAUAUCUCCAUAAGCGAAUGAGGAAAUUAAUCUGCAAGCGGAUUAUUCAUUUUUGAAUGUAAAAACGAGACAUUCUUCAAACAAUGUUUACCUCAUCAGGUGCUUAGAAUUACUUGAAGAUCCGUAAACCGAUUGAUUUGGAACUUUCACCACUUAUUCUUCAUAUAGUUUACAAUUAGUUGUGAUAGUCAUGUUUUUACUACUUGGAUUUUUCUUUUUUUUCUAUAAAUUAAAUACUAACUAAUUAUAAUACUAAUUAAACCUUGAAUUUUUCUGUCACAAAUAGGUUGUAGUUGUAAGUUGUCCUUUAACUUGCAGGUAAUAACAAUUAUCUAAUCAAUGUGGUCAAUUAUUUGAUAAUAGCACCUUCUUUAACAGUAUUUUUAAACUAUAGGUUCCAGCGAUUUUAGACAAAGCCGUCAGUAGGUAUGAGAAAUUAGAUUUUUUUGACCUCUGAAGUUUAAGCCUUUUAGGCUUUGAAGUUCCAAAGAAGUUAACUA